AUGGCGGAUGGUUCUCGCAUCACAGUUGAGAGCAUAGGCGACAUCACGCCUGGGACGAUUUUUAUUGGUUACUCAACGCUUCCAUCGUAUUCGCAACCAAAGCGCAGGCCAUUUCUGGCCCUGUGGAAGGUUGGAGAUGGUGUGGUCUCAUUGUGAGUAUGGUGUCCUCCUUAAAAAUUCUGUUGAAUACUGGUGCACUCUCUUUUCAGGCCAUGGUUCCUGUCUGCAAGCAUUGACUAACGCGGACAAUCCCGACCGGAUAGACCUUUAACUAGUUUACGCACCGUUGACGGCAGCGUACAAGAAGGUGCAGAGAAGUUCGGGCGCAGCAUAGCCAGCUAUUACCCUAUCGCUCCCGCAAGCAAUCCGCCCUAUCUCCCAAUUCCCGCACUAGAGAACUUUGAAGGCUUCAUAGAUCUCCUAACACCGGUGACCCUCGGGCAAUCCUCCCUUGGGAGAAAGUCUAGAGGAUCCAGAAUCUCCGAAGGGGACUUGCGGUGCGUCAUAAUGGCGCACGUAUCUCUCGUCCAAUGCGGGCAAGAGGCAGUCCAGACCGGGAAAGUGGAGCAGGAAUCUGAGAUGCUAUUGAUAGAUCGCCGGACGCACGACGGUAUCCGCCAGAUGGCUCUGGACCUGCUCCAGCGCAAUAGAGAGGGCCUUCUACAAGCAGGGUUCACUGAGAAAGUUACCCUGAGUAUAAUUGAGGCGUUUGAUAGGCCCCCCGCUGCCAAAUUAAUAUUACCACGCCUGCACUACCCCACUCCCUCACGUUCCACUUUCGUUGAUCCCCAACCUCCCUCCCCUCUUCCUCCACAGCGCCUGGAAGUUUAUACGCAGCGCGGAUACCCUGCGCAACAGAGCCCGGCCCAAAAACAGGAGCGGCAACCACCCCAACAACCCCAACAGCCCCAACGUCUGAGUGGCCAGCAUGGGCUAGCAGGAUGCAGGCCCAGUACCCCGCCCGGGCACCACAGGAAUCCCGAUAAUGGUGACGAUGGUAAUGGAUCCCCUGGGAUCCGCGGCCCCCGGGAUUCUAACUUCUACUCCGGGCCAACUGGAAGUGGAAAUCAAGGAGUGAAACAUAAAAAGGAGUCUCACCAAGGGGAGCACCAAUAUAAAAAAGAUAGCAACAACGAGGAAGACGGAAUUGACGAAUGGGCCAAUGGCGACUGGGCCCGGGUGGAAGAAACCGUACCCGAGGGCGAAAAGAAGGAAAAGCAGCUCGGUGAGGACUCCGACUCCAACUCCUUGUUCUCCCAAUGGGGCUUAGACGACAGGAAUAAAAUUGGGGGCGUAAUUCCCGAAAACACCCCAACCCAAACUCCCACCUGUGAAUCCACAAACUCACUCAUGAAGGACGACCAACACGAUGACACCAGCGGAGUGGCACAGGGUAACAAGCAGAAGAAUCACCAUCUAAGGACACGAGCGAUGAGCAUGAAAAUAGAUCCAAACAAUCGAGGCCCAAUCGGUACCAACACCAGCGCCACUUCCUCCCUGCCUCACUUCCAACCUCGCCGCAAUGGACUCAAUCACAAUUUACGGCUCUUAUCCACGCCCUACGAAGAAUUACAGCAUGCGGAAAGCUUCAACAAGAAGCCCUCUCUGUCCUUGCAGCCGGUGGCAACGGCAGCCAAGGGGCAAAUAUUGAGGAUAUCUAUCCUUCAGACGCGGACCCUCGCGGUGCCGCAACCAUGCUACCAGUCACACACGCUACACAAACCACUGCUCCAGCAGCCCCCACAGAGGAAUUCGGAAUCGUUGGACCCGAAACUAGCCCCAUUCCAGUGGCUGGGCCGACUGAGCCGGAGGGUGCGCGUGGGCAAUAGGCUGCGCACUUGA